AUGACGACCGAUGUUGCGAAAGUAGCCUUUGCCAGGUCGAACUCCAUGCGAUCUUUGCCGGGCGCAUCGGCCGCAGAGGAAGCCGAGGAUCCGGCUAGAAGCUUCAUGCUGCAGACGGCCCGCAAGAGCUUGGAUGAUGUCCUCGCGGGAGCAGGCAGCAGCAAGGACGAGAAGCCCAAGGAGAAGAAGGGAAAGAAAAAGGAUGGAAAGAAGGAUAAGAAGAAAAGCUCUAAGUCAAAGAAGAAAAAGUCGAGCAGCUCCAGCAAGACCAGCUCGGAUGAUGAGUCCGUCUCGGUGGCUUCGUGCGAUGUGGAUGAUGCAGCAUCCUUACUUGGGCUUUCCAAAAAGGAGCUGGUGAGGCCGGUUGAGUGCAUGCGGCUGGACGACUUGAACACGAAGCAGAUGGCAAUGGUUCUUUCCGGUGUCACGGAACUGCUGCCGGCGAGCGACAUCUAUGAGACCGGGGGUCAAGACUGCGAGUACUGUGUGGAAGCGGAGGAUGAGCGAACUUUUUGUGGCCGGGCCCCGCCCAACAUUCCGCUCGGCAACGCGAAGACGCUCUCCGAAAGUGCCGCCUUCCUGAGAAAUCUCUACAAGAAGCAUUGCAGGAAGACUGGAAAGGAGAAUGUGGAAGCAAAUCUACAGAGUGUCCUGAAGAAGCUUCGCGAGGCCUCGACGAAGGACUUGAACAACCAGCUCAAAGGAGAGGCGAAGAAGCCGGCAGAGACGGCGAGUGGGGAAGCCAGCCAAGCCGAGCCCGAGCCCGAGGGUGAGGAAGCCGUGAAAAAGGAGGAGGAUGACGACGACGAGGAUGUGUUUGCCGGCAAGUUCGGCCAAGGCACAAAGACCCGCGGCGAGGAUGCCAUCGAAAAGGUCGGCACGAGUGCCAAAAGCCUCCUGGAGCAGUUCGACUCAGGGCUCACUUCCCUGUUCCCGAAAGACUUGAGUGAUAUGACAAAUUGGAUCCGGAUGCUGGCUAAAGAAUGCUUGCUCAAUCUUGAUGACCUCAAGGCGGCCUUGAGGAUGCCCGGCACACUGUCGCAGAAUCUGAAUGUGGGCAAGUGCUACUACAACAAGAUGUCGAUGAAAGCCAAAUCUGUGUUGGAUGCUUGGUGCCAAUCCAUUGUGUCUGGCGAAGCCUUCGUGACUCCCAGCCGCCGGCCAGCCAUCACGAAUUCCAAGCACACCUAUGCAGCCUUUGCCCGGCCGAUUGGCACCUGCUCCUGGUCCUGGUGGAUCGCAGCCGAUCCACUGGAGAGCCUCGCCUUGGAAUUCAAUGCCGGGACGAGCAACGGCUCAAUGGCCGCGAUACACUGGCUACGGGAGAGGCUCAAGCAGCUCUCCGAGUGUGAAGAUCCUUCUGUGCGGGAGGAAUUGCAGUCGAAACUGCAGCAUAAGAUUAUCAUUGUGGAUGUGCAUCUUCAAGAAGGAAAACCCAUCGGCGAACUCGAUGUCGACAAGGACGCCAUUUGCAAGCAGCGAACAGAAGCUGCACAGCAGCUGGUGCCAUUGCGGCCGAGACUCUUUGAUCAGCUCCAACGACGACGGAGCGAAGAACAGAUUAUUCAGGAUGAUGCAAGCUCGGAGACGCCGAGCCCCGGGUGCGACUACACCCCCACGGAGAUUGAGUACCUUAGAUUGGACAGGCCCCUGCGAGGGGUCCUCCAAGUGCACAAGGUUUCAGCGGAAAACCAGUUGCAGGGCUACAGAUAUCUCCUCAGGGCGGAGGAGCUGUGGGCUAUGACCAAGCGAUCGCAACAUUUCACGAACUGGCAAGACGGGCUCGGCCUCGACAUUGCCGAGGCUUGGCAUGUGGACCUGGCCGUUCACAUAAUCAGGAAAGCUUCCUACAAGGGCUCUGGGGGAAGGGUCGACGCCGGCAGACUGAAGCUGCCUUUCGACGGGGUCUCCUACGUGCUGCAAUCGCGAGGAUGCAAACCUGUGAUUCAGCGAUCCGCUCUGCAAUGCCUCACAGCUUUGAUUUCCGCUUGCAUCACCGAGCCGCUGAGCAUCUCUCUUCUUCCGGGCAACCAGCGGCUGCCUGAAGAUAUCCCGGGGAUGUGUGAGUUUGGAAAGCUGGCGAAACUUCCUGGUGGCAAAGUUGCAAACUCCUGGCGAAGGAAGAGCAACGUGUUGAUACAGGCUGACGGCAUCCCUCUGGCAACUGCCACCUGGUUUAUUCUUCGGCUACAUCAUCAGGAGGUGCUUCAGGCCCUCGGCAACAUGGGGAUCAAGUCUGUGGCAAUACUAUGUGAUGCCUCACCAAAGGCUAAGAUGGUUUGGCUUCCAGUCCUGGCUAUCCCCGGUUUGGUCUCGGUGGGGACUUUGCAGCGGCUCUCCACGCUCCUUCCUUCAAAUGCCACAGCCGAAGAAAAGCUACAAGUGGCUGCAAUGGUUGCAGACUCCCGAAGCAGCACCCUCCUUUCCGAUUCCAAGAAGGCUGAACUGAAAAAGAAGUUGCCGAAGGCUUUGAACAGCAUCCGAUCGGAACGGUUGAGCAGCCGGCAAGAACUGAAAGCCCUCGGGAAUGUGCUCUCACACGUCAACAUCAGUUUGGACGACCUCUUCCCGACGCACCCGCUGGCCCCUGCGAAAGAGACGGAAACCCGCGAGCUUUACAAGCCGAAAUCCGCCGCUAUGCCCUUUCUGUUCGACCGCGAGACCGGGGCGAGCCGAUGGGACGUCCCCUUGCACACCGACCACCUGCGAUUAGUGGUAUGUCCCGACCAAGGAGGACCGAUGUUUUGCUGCUACCAGUACCUGGCUCACCUCGGGAAGGGUGACCUCCUGUUCUCCCGCAGUGAAGCGAGCUUCAGCUGCAACAUUACACAGGCCACACCCGACGAUGUGCUCAUGGAAAUGUUCCAGCGGGACAUACUCAAAGAGAACAAUAUGGAGGAGACCCCGGACCGCCAGCUGAACUUCACGAGGGUGAUGGAUAUCCUGGGCAAAACAUGCAAGUUUAACGCCGAGACAUUUUCGUGGUUCGAGAUGGUGCUCCUGGGCUCACACCUCGAAAAGAUUUCAAAUGAGUGCGACCCUGUCGGCAAGAAUCCCUUCAAGAUCUUGGAGACUGAAGCCUCCGCCCCGCAGAACCAAAAAAACUACGACAAAGUCGUCGAUCUGUGUGUGAAGGCGCUCACGAAUGAGGAGAGCUUCGGGAUCUUCCGUGUGGCCCGCAAUGUGCUGGAGCCCUUCCGGGAGCUGUGUUUGGAACUUGUCCUGAGACUGAAGUUUCGAAGAUCCGCCACCUACGAAAGUAUUUUGAAAGAGGGUCUAGGGCUCUACCUCGCGACUGUGCACGAGCUGAUGCAGUACAGCUUGUAUUUACGAAGCAGCCCGCACUGUGCAGCGGCUCUCGUAUCUACGAAAGAAGCAGACGAUGGCGAGACAAAGCAAAGCAUUCUGAAAAGGAUGGAAGCAGAAUGGCAGGUUGUGCUGAAGAUGGAAUCAAAGCAGGCAUCGGCCGAGGUUUUGUCAACGAGCUGCUACCACACGAGAUACCAGCAUUACCGGGAAACCAUGGGUUGCUUGGAAAUGCAGAACUACAAGAUGACAACCGAAAGCAAGGAAAUGGUAUCUGCCUGGAACCCGGCUUUCUGCCAAAGCGCCUCCCUCGAGAGCAUGUUCGGAGAGAUGACUCAUGCAGUCAAGCAAGCUGGGAGAGCUGAUUGUGGAUCCCUCCCCAAUUUGCACGCUGUCUCAGUUCGCAGCUUGUUUCGACGAGUAUGCAAGAAGGAGGGCAGCCCGAGUGCUUUGGAGCUUUCGAAGGACGACUGGGUUGGUCCUCAAGCUGCAGGGAUCAAGCCAAAGGUGUUCUCGCCAACUUCGGCCCCGACUUGCAAGAAUGUGCCGCCAGAUGGAAUUCUGAAGAACUUCCCCAGCACCUCUGCCUUUUGCCACAACCAGCUUAGCUUGAACACGAUGCAGGGUUUCAUCAACGCCCAGAGCCGCACGGUUGCACGCAGUCACGGGCAGGGGAAGGAGCCCGCUCACGAGUCCUCCGGGUUUUGGGUUCAAGGAUGUUUCGCUCCGGGAAUGUUGUUCAAGCUCCAGAACAAGUUCUACGUUUGCACCGGCAAGACGCCGGCAGUCCUGUAUGCUGUGCGAUUGAAGGAGCUCCCGUACAAGUUUGCCGGCCCUUUGCCGGAGCAGCAAAGCGUGGCCUUGUACGGCUACAGCUUGCACGUGUGCGAGCAGGCCUUAGAGGACAAGUGCGGCUCAAGCCUCCUGUUUCGGAGGGGGUUCCAGGAGUUCAAUUUGUUGUGCUACCUGGUGCAAAGCCAAGAGAUCCUGAAGACCUCGAGUGCAUCGCUGAGCGAGCUUUUGCAGAAGUGCGAUGUGCAGAUGCCGAAGACUACAACGAAAAAUCAGAAGAUCAGAAGAUUGCUGUCGCUGGAUGCAGUCAAGACAGCAUGUGGCGAGCCAAAGAUCCUCAAGCUUCUCGCGAAGCUGGACGAGCAGGAUGAGAAGAGAAAGAGGAAUCAAAGCAAAAAAGAAGAGGAAGGCGACAUCGAGUGGGAAGAGCUCAACGAAGAUCCGGCUACUGCGGCCUGCAAAGAGCUUUUGGCAAGACUCGAUGAAGAAGACGAGCAGGAGGAUGCGGGGGCGAAGAACGAGGAUGCCGAGAGCAAGGGCAUCCCGGAAGAUGCCAAUCGGGCUUCGCGAGCCUUUCUUUCUUCUUCGACUGCUUCGCUGCCAGAUGAGCUUCUGGCAGAAAUGCCACUACCCGAUGGAUGUGCCAUGCAUCAAACUGUUCAUGUGGAUGCGACUUUGCCUCACUUUCAAGGAAGGCUCUUGCACAGUCAAUGCUUCGAGGGCAAAUCAUCGCAUGCAGCUUCUUUCAACCCGGCUAUCAAUCCGACCACACUGGAUAAGCGCAAAUCCACACUGAAGAGCAUCCCGGCGAACCAAAGAUCGCGAGCACAAGCUUACUACAUAGUUUGGUCGUGGCUCUCUCGGGCUACCGCUGGUGGCCGAGCUGCCAAACGGCAGAAAAAGAAGUAG